GCAACGCGCCGGCCACAUUCCAACGAGCUAUGAACAUCACGUUCCAGAACUUCGUCAACAAGACGCGACUCACGCAAGGGAUGAUCAACUUCUGCGUCAUCGUGUACAUGGACGACAUCCUGGUUUAUUCGGAAACCUAUCAUGGACAUGCGCAGCACAUCGAAUGGACACUGGGCACCUUACGAGACGCCGGAUUCAAGAUUGCGCUCGAAAAUAGCGAAUUUUUCCUCUCGGAAAUCUCGUUCCUAGGGUACGUCGUGACACGUGGAGGACUGCGGCCUGACUCAAGGAAGGUCGCGGCGGUGAAGGAAGCUCCUGUUCCCACAUCACUAACACAGGUCCGAGCCUUCUUGGGACUGACUUCCUACUAUCGACGGUUCAUCAAGGGCUUCGCCGCGAUUGCGCGGCCCUUAACGAAUCUGUUACGGAAGGACCAGCCCCUCAGUUGGGACGCGGAGUACGAGCAGGCCUUUGCGACCCUCAAGGAAGGUUUAGCAACAGCACCUAUUUUGAUCCGACCAGACCCCUCGAAGCAGUUCAUUCUCAUCACGGACAGGCAGCCGGAGACUAUUUCCGCUAUUUUAGUGCAGAAGGGGAACGAUGGUCGAGAGCACGUCAUCGAGUAUGCGUCACGAACGGUGGCAGACGAGCGGAAGAACGACUCAACACCACAAGGCGAAUGCUACGCUAUAUGGUCAGCGUGCGUGGAGGAGCUGGGGCGUGGCCGAAACCCGCCAUCACAGCGGGAUUAUCUGAGCCUGUGCGAGGUUAUCGAUCUCGCCUUUUUCCAAUAUCGGGCGGCCUCCGAAGACGAAGAAAUAGAGAUCGAAGAAGAGAGCGCUGACGACGAAGAAGAAGAAGUCGCUGAGGAGGAUGAGGAGGAAGAAACUCCCGAAGAAGGGAGCUACAGCGAGCACAGCGAAGGGGAGCAAAGUGAGGACGAGGAAGAAGAAGAACAGGACGAUGAAGAAGAGGAGCUAGAGUUGGAAGAGUCGGAGUGGGAGAUCUCCGCGGAGGAGCUCGAGCGAGCAGAAGCGGAGCAGGCGGAAGACCCCGAGGCGGCGCGCAAAAGAGAAGAGAUCGCAGCCGGAAAACGACAGCUGGAAUUCGCCAGUGGAGCCAAUCUGCGGAUCAUCGACGAUCCGGCCCGUGAUCCCGAACCACCCAAGCCUGAAGAUGGGGACCCAGCUGCCGAGACUUCGACCACACCAGCAAGACGGCGACGAAGCCGAUCCCCUCCUCCUUCGGCUCCGACCUUUCCUGACCCCUCUCCCGAUUAACCCUCCCACUCGCCAUGCCCCAAUGU